AUGAGUUCGCACUUCAACCACUUAACUAUCUUAAGCUCGAUUACGCGCUUCAGAUUAACAGCCAGAGCCUAUCCAACACGCCUGUUCAUCUUUUCUUGUCGCUUGCGGUUCAAACCACUCGCCAUUCGAUUCCACCCAUUUUACUAUCGAUCUUCAAUUUCGCCGAUUCCACUCAGCGAUUGUCCACUAUCCCCUAUUUACCCCCAUCUUUUGCUUUCUUCGUUUCGCUCCAGUCCACAACCGAACACCAAUCCGGUAAUCUUGGAUUUUCAAGAAGAGGUCAAUCCCAGAGAUGUGAUUUGUUCUCCCCCGGUGGCAGUCCUAUCCUGUUCAGACAGUAUGGAAUUUUUAGAGGAGUACGAUGAUCGUGAAAAUCCGGGGGCCGUAGCUGAUGUGGCGCAGAUGCGCUCAUCCCAGCUCCAGUGUGACUCCUCAACUUCGAAGUUAGCCACUCCAUCACGUCUGACUAGUCAGGCUGUCCAAAACCCACUACCAGUGCGUCUCGUUUGA